AUGGUUCAACUCCACUCAACUCGACUUGGCGAGUCAAAGAGUUGUGAUGCAUUGGAUGCACUGGGGCCCGCAAUCGCCGCAGCAGGUUUGAUCAUCCCACCGCCACCAGCGAUACCUUCGCCUUCCGAUAACGUUACCAAUCGGUACACUCGCGAGGAUCCCGACGUUGCGGCAAAAACUAUUUUACGUGAAGUUUCCAGCGAAUAUGACCGGUUAAUGGUGACGAGCACAGGCUCGACGGAGGAAGACGAAUCGUUGCUUCGUAUGCUCUCGGAAAAAUACGUCCACUUACGUUUGAGCAAACUACCCGGAACACCGUUUGUACUGCUAGUCCGCAAGAAGUCGCUGCAAAAGGCUACACCUCCACAGAAGGAAAUGCUACAGAAUCUGCGGCGGCUACCCGAAAGCCAACUACUCAAGUUGCCCAGAGCUCAACGCGAGCUUGUUCAGUUUGCUAAGCGAUUCGACAAACUCGUCAAAGCUACACCUGACCAGCUGCAACACUUACCGAUCGAGCAUCAACAACUUAUACGAGAAAUGCAGAGGCAGCAGGUACAACAACUCCAUACUGGAUGA